UCUCGAGAUAGGAUCACCGCGGGCCAUAGAAUUACCGCCACGAGGAACGCAAUUUUCUUGUAAACCAUCCGGGGGACGUUAUUUUAAUUCCAUGGCCUCGCCUCCCUCCUGUUUUUUCCUCUUCUUCCCACCCCUUCGCUGCUGUUUCCCAUUAUACGGAGGACUCGUCUCUCUACUGUUUACUAAUUUGGUUUUCAUGUUCUUAUCUCUUGCUGUGGCUCUUUUCCCUCUCUCAUCACCUUCCAUCUGCUCCGACUUCAGUAAUACCCGAAGCAAGAAUUCUUACAGCAGUGUUCUUAAAUUUGGGAAAACAAAGAUUGGCUCACCAAUAGCAAAAUUGAAGGGGUUAGAUCGGUAGCAGCGUGUGAGUAGUAUCACACGCAAUGGAUGCGCUCACUCGUAAGCAUGAAUCCGUUUUUGUGUUUUAUUUCCCCCUAGAAAAAUGUGAUUAGAUCGAAAUCUUACUCUUCAUGAAAAACUUUUGGAUUUAACUAGGUGCUCGAAUGGCUUUCUGUGGGGGUUCCAUAUGCUCCUACUAUGGUGGAGAUACCUGUGGUCUUGGCAGAAUCCUUUACUCCAACACUUGCAUGAACCACUUCCUGGUCAUCUCCAUCACUGUGCUUCUCUUCUUCACAUUCUUCUUAAAUUUCAUCCGCAAGGUGUCGUCAAGAGUAGUUCGCAUGCAGACACUCUUCCGGCUCUCUUCACCAAUACAAAUAUCUUCUAUGGUCUUCAAUGGCUUCUUGGGAUUGGCUUAUAUAGGCCUUGGGUUAUGGAUGUUGGAGGAGAAAUUUAGGAAGGGGGAGGGCCCUUUACCUCUGCAUUGGUGGCUAGUGGUGUUGUCUCAAGGUUUAACUUGGGCUCUUGCUGGCUUAGUGGUGAGCAUCAGAGCCAAACAGCUAGGAGAGGCCUUUGUGAGGGCCUGGUCAGGAGUUGCAAGCGUGUUUGCUGGAUUUCUUUGUAUCUCCUCUAUCUUAUGGAUCCUUGUAGAGAAGAAAACAUCAAUAAAGAUUGCUCUUGAUGUCUUGUCGCUACCUGGUGCCGUUCUUUUGCUGCUUUCUGCCUUCAAGGGAUCCAAAGAUGCCGAUGACUGCGAAAUCAUCAAUGACUCUCUUUUUGCACCUCUGAAUAUUAAGUCCCAUGCCAAUUCAAAUGAUUCAGAUGAUUCUGUGACUCCUUAUGCAAAUGCUGGCUUCUUCAAUAGAAUGUCAUUCUGGUGGCUGAACCCUUUGAUGAAGAAAGGCUAUGAGAAACCCCUGGAGGAGAAAGAUAUACCUCAGUUAGGUGAGCUAGAUCAAACUGAGAGCCGCUAUUCCUUGUUUGUUGAGCAACUGAACAGACAAAAACAGACUAAGCAAACAACAUCACCACCCUUCUUAUGGAUAAUAGUUUCUUGCCACAAAAAGGAAAUUUUAGUUUCUGGGUUCUUUGCAUUGCUUAGGGUCCUUACCUUGUCAGCUGGCCCAAUGCUUCUAAAUGCCUUCAUCAAAGUGUCUGUAGGCAUGGGAACUUUUAAAUAUGAAGGUUAUGUGUUGGCCUUGGGAAUGUUUGUGGCGAAAUUCUUAGAAUCUUUGUCACAGAGGCAGUGGUACUUCCGCACCAAAAUGUUGGGACUACAGGUGAGGUCAUUGCUAUCUGCAGCUAUUUAUCAGAAGCAACUGAGGCUGUCAAGCUCUGCCAAACUGAUCCAUUCUUCAGGGGAGAUAAUGAACUAUGUUACAGUUGAUGCAUAUAGGAUAGGCGAGUUCCCAGUCUGGUUUCAUCAAACAUGGACAACAAGCCUCCAACUUGGUAUUGCUUUAGUAAUUCUCUACCAUGCCGUGGGUCUUGCAACGAUUUCUUCCAUGGUUGUGAUAAUACUUACUGUGCUCUGUAAUGUUCCUGUGGCCAAACUACAGCACAAGUUCCAGACAAGGCUCAUGGAAGCUCAGGACAACAGGCUAAAGGCUAUGUCAGAGGCUCUGGUGAAUAUGAAAGUGCUAAAGCUCUAUGCAUGGGAAACACAUUUUAGGAAGGUCAUUGAGGGGUUGAGAACAGAGGAAUGCAAGUGGCUAUCAGCAUUUCAGCUACAGAGGGCAUAUAAUAGCUUCCUCUUCUGGUCGUCUCCUGUAGUGGUCUCAGCUGCUACUUUCUUGACUUGCUAUCUUCUUGAGGUUCCACUUUAUCCUAGCAAUGUCUUCACGUUUGUGGCCACAUUACGUCUUGUUCAAGAUCCAGUAAGAUCUAUUCCUGAUGUUAUUGGAGCUGUGAUUCAAGCAAAGGUUGCAUUCGGGAGGAUAGUUAAGCUUCUUGAUGCAGAAGAGCUGCAGAAUUGGCAUUUUAAAAGGAAGCGCAGUGUGGACCUCAAGCACCCAAUAGUAAUCAGGUCAUCAAACUUUUCUUGGGAAGGCAACCCAUCAAAACCUACGCUCCGGAACAUAAGCUUAGAACUUAAACCUGGGGAAAAGGUGGCUAUAUGUGGGGAGGUUGGCUCUGGAAAAUCAACUCUUUUGGCAGCAAUUCUUGGAGAGGUUCCAAAUACGGAGGGCUUGAUUCAAGUCUGUGGAAAAAUUGCAUAUGUUUCUCAGAGUGCAUGGAUUCAGACAGGAACUGUACAAGAGAAUAUCCUCUUUGGGUCUCCCAUGGAUAAGCAACGAUACCAGGAAACACUAGAGAAAUGUUCUUUGGUCAAGGACCUUGAGAUGUUACCCUUUGGAGAUCUUACUGAAAUAGGAGAAAGAGGGGUCAAUCUCAGUGGUGGCCAGAAACAGCGCAUUCAGCUGGCCCGUGCACUCUACCAAGAUGCAGAUGUAUACCUCUUGGAUGAUCCUUUCAGUGCUGUUGAUGCCCAUACUGCUACUAGCCUCUUUAAUGAAUAUGUCAUGGGAGCUUUGUCAGCAAAGACAGUUCUGUUGGUGACUCAUCAAGUUGAUUUCCUUCCAGCCUUUGAUUCCAUAUUGUUAAUGUCCAAUGGGGAGGUUCUGCGAGCUGCUCCCUAUCAUGAACUCUUGGUUUCAAGCAAAGAAUUUCAGGAUCUUGUUAAUGCACAUAAAGACACUGUUGGUCCAGAAAGGCUUGAGAAGGUUGUUUCUCCUAAAGAGAGUGGGAUGUCUACAAGUGAGAUUGAUAACACUUCAAGCAAUAAGCAGAAAAAAAUGGAAAAAUUAUCAGGAGAAGUUCAGUUGAUUAAAAAAGAGGAGAGAGAGAAAGGUGAUACUGGUCUAAAGCCGUACUUACAGUAUUUGAAUCAAAACAAAGGCUUCUUGUAUUCUGCAUUGGCAGUUCUUUCUCAUGUGAUAUUUAUAGCUGGGCAGAUUUCUCAAAACUCAUGGAUGGCUGCCAAUGUUCAAAAUCCUCAAGUGAGCACAAUGCGACUUAUUACAGUGUACUUGGCAAUUGGGUGCAGCACAGCUAUCUUCUUGUUAUCUAGAUCCGUGUUUGUAGUUGUCUUGGGUCUCCAGUCAUCAAAAUCCCUGUUUUCUCUUCUUCUUAACUCAUUAUUCCGUGCACCAAUGUCAUUCUUUGAUUCUACUCCUCUGGGAAGGAUUCUGAGUCGGGUUUCUUCUGAUUUGAGUAUAGUUGAUCUUGAUGUGCCAUUCAGCUUAAUCUUUAGUAUCAGUGCUAUGAUGAACGUAUACAGCAAUCUUGUGGUGUUAGCUGUUGUUACAUGGCAAGUAUUAUUUGUCUCCAUACCAAUGGUUUAUCUAACCAUUCGCUUGCAGGCAUACUACUUAGCUUCUGCAAAGGAGCUAAUGCGGAUCAAUGGCACCACAAAAUCUCUUGUGGCAAAUCAUUUAGCCGAAUCCAUUGCAGGAGCAGUUACAAUCAGGGCCUUUGAAGAGGAAGAUCGGUUCUUUGCCAAAAUUCUGGAACUUAUUGACAGGAAUGCCAGUCCAUUCUUCCAUAAUUUUGCAGCAAGCGAGUGGCUGAUCCAACGACUAGAGACUAUGAGUGCUGCUGUUCUUUCAACAUCAGCACUUGUCAUGGCUUUAAUUCCUCCAGGGACUUUUAGUUCUGGAUUUGUUGGGAUGGCACUAUCUUAUGGCUUCUCAUUAAAUAUGUCUCUGGUUUUCUCAAUUCAAAAUCAAUGCACACUUGCAAAUUACAUCAUCUCCGUAGAAAGGCUAAAUCAGUAUAUGCACAUUUCAAAUGAAGCCCCAGAAGUUGUUGAAGGCAACCGGCCUCCACGCAAUUGGCCUGCUGUUGGUAGAGUGGAGCUCCAAGAUUUAAAGAUCAGAUAUCGGCCAGAUACUCCUCUUGUACUUCAGGGAAUCAGUUGCAUAUUUGAAGGUGGGCACAAGAUUGGGAUAGUUGGCCGAACUGGAAGUGGGAAGACCACUUUAAUAGGUGCACUGUUUCGUCUUGUUGAGCCAGCUGGAGGAAAGAUCAUCAUAGAUGGCCUUGACAUUGCCACAAUUGGCCUCCAUGAUCUGAGGUCUCGUUUUGGGAUAAUACCUCAAGAUCCAACCCUUUUCAAUGGAUCUGUUCGAUACAACUUGGAUCCUCUAGGACAAUAUACAGAUCAGCAAAUAUGGGAGGUCCUUGACAAAUGUCAGCUACGAGAAGCUGUUCAAGAGAAAGAACAGGGGCUGGAUUCAUUAGUUGUUGAGGAUGGAUCGAAUUGGAGCAUGGGGCAGCGACAGUUGUUUUGUUUGGGACGUGCACUCUUAAGGAGAAGUCGUGUACUAGUGCUAGAUGAAGCCACGGCAUCGAUUGACAACGCCACAGAUGCAAUUCUUCAAAAGACCAUAAGAAUAGAAUUUGCAGGUAGUACAGUCAUUACUGUUGCUCAUAGAAUCCCGACUGUGAUGGACUGCACAAUGGUGCUUGCUAUUAGUGAUGGGAAAUUAGUGGAGUACGAUUGCCCACAGAAACUGAUGAAGAGGGAGGGAUCCCUCUUUGCAGAGCUUGUCAAGGAGUACGGGUCUCAUACUUCAAAUGCAGAAAUCCAGUCCACAAAUUCACAGUGAAGUUAAAAAUUUCCAGCUCCCAGUUUUGGUUAUAUUCCAAACCGUAAUACAAUGAGGAAAAUGGAGGUGCCUCAGUUCUCAUUCUAUAAAUAUGAUAAAGCUGCAUCUUUUCUACUUAUUUUAAAUCAAAUUGCAAUCUCCAUCCAUAACUGAUGAUUAACUGACUGACAGCACCUCAGACAUUAAGUGGGUAAGGAAAACUGAUAUGGCAUUCUCUUUUUUGCUCAUGUAUUUUAAGGCUUGUUCAGGAUACUGUAGUAACCUAUGCUGUGUAUUUCAUAGUACUCUGAUAUUUUCCGGAAAAUUGCUGGUUAAAAUGUAUAUGGAUACAGGACUUGAUUUUAAA